AGUAUUAUUAAUUGAAUAUUGUGGGUCUUGAGUUCCAUGAACACUUGGAAAGAGAGACUGCGUGCAGGUAUCGAUAAAAUGAGCGAGUCCACUAAAGUAUUGAGUGACGAGUUGAGACACAAAUUGGAAGAAUCAUCUGGAAAAGGAGUAGAGUCGGUACAGGUGAGUCCACAGUUGGUACAGCGACUAGAAAGAGCUCUUCAAGAGAAAGAACUCCAGUGUGAGGCACUGUUUCAGGCUAAACAGAGUAUGGAGUUGAGUAUAAGACAGAUUAUCACUGGCGAGAACCAAGCAGAUGUAUUUUUGCAACUACAAAGCAGUUUGGAAGAAGAGAGACGAACAAACAGACAGUGUGUGGAAGAAAAGGAACGUUUAUCACUAUUGUUGCAAGAGCAAAGCCAAGUGGAAAGAGAGUGGAGAGAGAAAGUGGACAACUUGGAAGAACAACUUGCACAGUGGAAGGAAAAGGCAGUUGAGGUUUCCAAGUUGAAGUCAGAAAAGGAGGAAAUCAUUUCGAACCUUGAAAAAGAAGUAGAAACACUGAAACAAGACCGAGAAGACUUGGACGAGUCCAAACAGCGAAUGGAAGCCUUGCAAACGCAAUUAAGUCAAGUCAAAUCAAAAGCAAAGGAGUUUAUUCACUCGAAGCUCUCCGAGAUGAGAGCAGAAAACGCUUCGUUGAAGGAAAUAAUCGCGGCAAAAGAAGAAGAAAUAAACAAGUUGAAGCAAUCGAAUGUUGUUGCUGUGGAGACACCGGAAAAUUCUUUGGAUAACGAAACGAGUCUACAGAAUUUCGCAGCUUCUCAGAGACUCGUUGAAGAAUGUAAAAGUGUACUAUCGUCUGUAGAGAUAGAGUCGGAAGAAUAUGAUUCCUAUUUCCAGGGUCUUUCUGAACUUUGUAGGAACUUGUGUUCAACGUUGGAUGUUUCUGAUAGAAAUUGGGUGGAGAGUUCAGAAGCCAUGGUUGGUACUCAGGUUGAGAAAUUGAAGAGAUUGCUUGCUUCCAUUGGUGACAGUCGUUUUGAGAAUAUACACAACAAGCUAAUGGAGCUCAAACAAAUACUGAUACAACUUGAAAGCGAAUUGUUUACAAAGGCCAGGUCGAAGCCUAGUUGUGAAGAAAUGGAAAUACAGACAGAAGAUCCCCAGGCAGCACACAUAAGUAGAGAUAUUUCCACAUCCCAGGAAGAAAGCCAUGUUUCGACAGAAAGACAAGAUCAGUUGGAGAAGUUAAGAAAGGAUUUGGAAAGUGAGAAAGAACGUGAAGAAGAACUCAAAAGAGCCCUAGAAAAGUUGAAAACGAUUGAUUCCAAGAGACGAGAUAAAUUAGCUAUUCUUCAGAAGGAAAAGGAUGAAUUGGACUUGGCCUUACAGAAGCUUACUGAAGAAUACAAUUCUUUGCAGGAAACCAAUUCUUCGUUGGAAAGAAAAUGGAAGGAAGCGGAAGAAGAACGCGUUUCCUUAAAGAGUCGAUUAUUCUGUGAUAAGAAUAGCAGUAUGAGCGGCAACGGUUGUGGGAAUCCAACAUCAACGGAAGAAACUUGUUCCAUCUCCCAAGUUACCGUUGAUAUUGAGGAAGAACGCGGAGAAUGUGUUCGUUUAUUGGAUGAAAUCGAUGAAAUUGUAAAAUAUUAUCGUAAUCAUGUGAAUACUUGUUCCAAUAGUUUAGAAAGUCUGGAAUCCCACAUUUUGAAUGAAAUGGAAAGUCAUCAUAGCAUGGAGGACGCAUCGGAAUCCCAAAGUUUUAUUUUACAGUUACAAAACGAGUUAAAAGCUAUCCAACAAGUACUUGCAAGUACAAGAGAAGACAAGGAAACUUUAGAGAAGAGUAUAUCACAGAGGGAGGAUGAACUUGAAGCUCUUAAAGAAAACUUUCGUAAUGCUAUGCAGAAUUUUUCCAAAGAGAAGGAAACCUUGGAGAAACGAUAUGAAGAGCAUUGUGAGUCUUAUCGAAUACAAAUCAAGCAAAUGGAGGAUGAAAAUCAUUCUUUAAAUAGCACAGUGCAUCAAUUGAAAUUGGAGUUGGCUGCUCAAGAAGAAAGCUUAUCGAAGAAACAAUCUGCUAUUGGCAAUUUGGAGUCGUCUUUGGAAAGAGAACAUCGAACCGUAGAGGAUUUGAGAGAACAAAUUGCGAGGAUCAAAGAUGAAUUUCUAAAGUAUAAGGAAAAGGCAAGAGCAGCACUCGGCCAACGCGAUAAAACUAUUCGAGAUGUAGACAAUCUUUUGGAAAAAACGAAUGAAGAAUAUCGCACAGAAUUGGAUAACCUCAAACUGCAAAUAGCACAAUUAGAAGAAAGAAUUUCGCAACUCGUUGAAGAGAAAGAAACUUUGUUGGAACAAGAACGAAUGGAAGCAAAAGAACGAGAGAAGCAGUUAGAAGAAGAAUUGUCACAUGUGAAGGAAGAGAAAUCCAAGAGACUCGAAGAAACCUUUUCAACAUUGACUGAAAGAGAAUCCAAAAUAUUGUUCUUGGAAAGCCGAUUGGAAGAUUCGCAUAUACAAAUUCGUCGCUUGGAAGUGAGCCUUGACCAAGAAUCUGGUCGUUUGCAAGAAGAGCGUCAACGAUGGGAACAGAAAGUAGAAGAACUCACAUGGCAGAAUUCGGAUUUGCAAAAUAAGAUACAAAGUCUUCAAAGGGAACUGAGUCGAUGGAAAAGCGUUAACAAUUCCUCUUCUUCAAAUCUUGUAGGCUUAUCCAACACUGGAGAUCAACAUCAAAUGAACACGACGACAUUCGUUGCAGAUUCACGACAAUUACAAGACGCAGAGAGUGAUUUGAAACUGUAUGAGGAACAAUUGGAAUUUUUAAAAAAGGAGUUGAGAGACUUGAAUAACAAGUAUCAAGCAGCACAGAAACUAAAGGAGGAUAUUACAUUUGAGUAUCUGAGAAACGUAUUUUUACGUUUUUUACAAACAGACGAUUGGGAAACUUUGUUACCUGUAAUAUCUCGUAUCUUACAAUUCACAGAUGAGCAAUGCCUUUAAGAAAUGAGCCCUUUAUGUAUUAUAU